AAGCGUGACUAUGCCCAGAAGCCUACACAUUCGACGUUCGACCCGAAGCUGUACACUUGCCAACGGUGCUAUGUGCCCAGCAUGACCAGCCAAGGUGUGAAAAUUCCGAUGACGCUUAUCCACCGUCGUGAUAUCACGCUGAACGGACAGAACCCGACGCUGCUGAUCGGAUACGGAGCGUACGGCACAAACCUCGAGGCGGACUUUGAGCUGGAGCAUUUAAGUUUGCUGGAGCGCGGCUGGGUGAUCGCACUUGCCCACGUGCGUGGAGGUGGAGAGCUGGGUUUGCAAUGGUACCAGGCUGGCAAAGGCAUGCAGAAGCGCCACACCUUCGACGACUACGUGUCCUGUACUCACCACCUGCUAGACGCAGGCUUCACGAACCCGAAGCGCCUCGCUGGUAAGGGAGUGAGUGCUGGUGGCCUCAUCAUGGGGUAUGUGGCCAACGAGUAUCCGCACCUGUACCAGGCUCUGGUUAUGAAGGUGCCCUUCGUCGACAUCUUGGCGACGAUGCAAGACCCGACUUUGCCGCUGACAGUCCACGAGUACGACGAAUGGGGCGAUCCGAGCGGACCGAAGGCUCGCGAGUACAUUCAAUCGUACGCGCCGUGCGAGAAUGUGCGAGAAAACCAGGUCUAUCCGGCCAUGUUUGUCACGGGUAGUCUGAAUGACCAGCGCGUGCAGUUCUGGGAGCCUGCCAAGUGGGUGUACAAGAUGCGCAAAGUGCAGGCCUCGCUACCGAAAAACGACAAGCGUCUCAUUUUGCUGAAAAUGGGUGAAGACGACGGCCACUUCGGCGGUGGUGGUCGUUUGGAGCAGCUGGAGGAGAGUGCGAUGGAGAUUGCGUUCCUAUAUCGAGCGCUGCGUCUGCCAUUCCCUCCAAAAUAAUGCGACCAAGUCUGUAAAUAGAGGCCUAUCUCUCUCUCUUUGGCUGUGAAGUGUUUUGUAAAGGUCUGAUUGAGUUCAAAGUGCACUGCACGUGCGUACGUAGUGGUGGCCGGGCUGUAGACUAUGUCGGCUACGGCGCAAGAGCUGGAAAAUGAGAUCGCGCAAAUGGAAGACCGACUUGCGAACGUGAAAGUGGUGGUGGAGGUGGAGAAAGAGGCGUGGCGACGGAGCUCACGCACUGGCAAGCGCGGCACCAAGUGGAAGGGGGCGGCACCACCGCGUAAUAAGGACAAAGACUCGGCCCCGCCCUCGACGGCCAGUGCGAAUAAUACAGGAAGUGAUGAUUUCGAUGAAGCGGUGACUAUCAUGCCGGAGUAUUGGGACGCGUUGGAGCUGGCGCAGUAUCUUAAGUCCAAGCAGCUCGGGAGCUACGCGCAGGUGGUGGUGUAUGAACAAAUCACAGGCAAGGUGUUGCUCGACACUCCAGCCCCCAAGCUUCGCAAGCUCUUUGAGGACGUCGACACUUCGGCGGAUGACCCCAGUUGGAAGGCCUUCCAGAACGAGUGCGUGAAGCUCAAAAAGCAUCAACGACGGCUUGAAAAGGCCGUGGCUACCAGCAGAUCGAUGCCAGACUCUGCUCGCUCGCUAGACGCGUCGGCCGAAGCAAGUGACCGCCGCCCGUUUCCGUCUGCAGUGAUGAGCUCAGCGGGCGCCGCCCUUGUGUUCCCGUUGAUCUCACCUCGUGUGCCAGGGCCUCAGAGUGCAAAGCCCCCAACAGGCUCGAACCCUCCGUUCCAACUGCGGAAACCGACGUCAUCUAACAGUAUCCCCAUGGCGACGUGCUGGAACUGCAAAACGCGGUUCUUUCGUCCGCACGUCAAGCGGCCAGCAGGAGGACCCGCUAGUGUUGACCCGACUCAGCCUGUGGUCUCAUCCUCGAUGCGAGCUUCACUCGUCGCACGCGCUUACUGCUCCAAAGCAUGCCAGGAAAGUAUCGAGUCCAGCGACAUCCGCAUUUCGCCGUCUCUCAGUGCUCGCGUUCAAGUUACGUUUGGAUCUACUACUGCCCCAACAGAAGAGAAGACCAAACGCACUCGACCAUCUCGUGUGGCCACGGGGCUCGCUUCCAUGUCGUCUUUAACGAGCGACCAACCAGAUCCAGAUCCGCUAUCGCGUGGUGAUGGUAUCACCACUAAUCGACUCGGAGCCAAUGCGAAUGGAGAUGGCAGUAGUGUUCCACCUCCUCGAUCGAAACGCUUGCGGAAGUUCAAAACUUUCGCUCGACGGUCGUCCAGACCAGACGCAUCGCUGGAUGAUCCGAACAACUUUGACUUCCUUCACGUUGCAGCUCCUAGACGUGAGACGACAGCUGUGUCGUCCGCGUCUCCGCGGCAAGAGUAUGCAGAGAGAGCGAAUAUGGUUCAUGGAGGUCGUCAGGCUUUUGAUGGAGCGAAUGCAUCCGGCACAUUCACGAUGUGCCCAUCAGCAACUUCAUUAGCGAUUAAUUCGUAUCGGACAACCGGAACAAGUGGUGAUCGCUCACCUAACGCCAAACCUGUCCCGCCAGAACUGAUGCUCAGCAACUCGGCGCAACAAGCAGGCCUCAAACAAUCCAAGGUGUACCAGCAGUCCCGGUAUAAGCUGGACCCGGACCUGUUCCAAACCCGAGAAGAAACUUUCUCGAGUUGCUUUGGUGCCCUGCCGCCAAGCAAUCGCUCGUACAGACUCGGCGGUUCGCGGGUGGUCGAUUAUGGCCGCGGAAAUCUCUUGCGGCUGCAAGAGUUCCUUACAGUUCGCGCACUGCAUCGGCUGAGCUUGACGUCACGCGCGUGGUUCGAGCUCAUCACGGUGCCCUCGACCUUCAGUGAUGCGCUGUGGGGUGUACACGUACUGCGCAUAUGGCGGCCAUCGGAGGACGAUGAGGAGUUCUUGCAUGACAUCGGCGUGCUCAAGAAGCCUGAGCGACCUCGACGCAUGCUGCAGAUACUCACACGCCAGGUAUCUCGCGUCAUGGUGGAGAAUAUGAAGGUGCUACUGAACCCUGAGAGCUGGCAACUAGCCACCGUCAUGACGCCUCAAGAAGGCGAGGGCAUCCGCUCGCUGGGUAAAAUGGUGCCGAGGAAGCGGGAUCGCCCGGUUGAGCUCGUUCACCAACACCGGCACCCUCCGCCCGAGCUGUAUGAGCAGGUCACAGCCAUCUACACGCGCGCGGGUGAGAUCGUGGCGGUGUGCGCUCGACAACUGAUCCGGCCAGUCGACCCCAUGGCGCUGCUCACGGACAUUCUGCAAGGGCUGAAGAGCGGCGAGCUUUCGCGCGUGCAGUGCCGCCGCCUCCGACUGUUUUCGCAGACCAACCGGCUACCCUUCGACCAAUGGGGGUUGCUGUCUCACUGCAGCCGCAGCGUGGUGGAGUUCUUCUGGUCUGGAUCGAGCUCGGAAACAGCAGUUACACCGCCGCUGGUGCUGCCCGUUUGGCACCAGAAGAUCUUCAGCAAGCUCCAGCUGGCGCUGCAGCAGCGGUUGCUGGGUAAGGACAGCAUCAACUACGUCAUCAAGGUCGCCCACGACCAGAGCGCGUCGGCGCCCGUGCUUCUGUCGCUCGAGAAGUUCCUCACGCGUUGCCAUACGCACGCGGUGGCCACCAGCACUAGCCAGCAGCCUCGAACAGCCGUCGAGUCUAACGCAACAAUUUAGAUGGCUACACUUUUUGAUUAGUCCAGCGGUUUGAUUGUGCCGCGACUAUCGGGACAGUAUGGUGUACCGUGCAGCGUGGGGUGGAGAGACUGUGCAACAGAGACUCGGUCGAUCUUCUUGCAGCCUGCGAGCUCGUACGUAGGUUGACCCGCACAGAAUGUAUUCUCCACUUGGUACUGCCGUUUGGGGCGUUCCAGCGCGAAGCCACCGAUGCCUAUUACUUGUAGUGCCGCUGGUGGACAGCGAAACGAAGUGUACGACAACUUGUACUGUAACUCAGGAUGACGACCAAUCUGGUCACGCAGCCAGCCAGCAUUGCAGGAUUCUUCCCUGCGGUGCAAUGCGUUCCGGCGGAGCAAGGUGUUCAUCGCAGGGUGCCGCUUAUACAGCAGCGAACGCCCGCUUAUAAGUUUUAAGCGGGGGCCGAUGCUGGCAUCGAGGACCCGCCGCCACGCCACGCUUGCCUUGCGCCGGCGCGGUCAUGCUCGCGCUUGCGCGUGAGAUGAGCACGAACAGCGUUAGCGUCAACGCUGAGCUCCGUCUGCGCGCCCUCCCUCGUCCACGCACGCCAAGCGCGCCGCAACCGAUGAAAAAAUCCAACCGGGCCCGUCGGAGACGAUGUGGUCACCUCAGCCGCGUACCCAUCAAGCCCGGCGAUCCUCGCGCACAGCAAAAAGCGGAACGCUGCCUGGCACACCAAACAUGGCUUGAUCGUGCAUCUUCAUCACCUCUCAUGUGAGUGGAGACUGCGGUAGUAAUGAAAGAGUUGACGAGCGUCGUUAGCCAAGAUUCUUGGUGAUACGCCACAGGCGAUUGCAGACCCGCUGCACAUUGAAGCGGGCCUACGCGACAACCGCGUAGAGUCAGGGGGGGGGGCGCUGCCCUCGUCGGUAAACGAAUGAUGAACCCACAUCGCCCGCAGUGAGGAAUGGUGUUUGUUUUGACAGCGGUGUGUCCAAGAAGCACCGCGGCGUAUGACUCUCGCACCGAGACCGCUUGGAUUCUCGCCUGCCUCACGCUCAAUCCUCUCAACGUGGAGUUUGACACAAGGCUCGCCGACUAAAGCACCAGCGGGACAUAAGGCGGGAGAUAUACCAGCAUCAGCUGCAGACGGACAGCGAGGGAGCGAAUCACGCGAAAUCCCCGUUGCAGUCAGUGCAGCAGAGACCUCGCGCC